CUUGUCUCAGCUCAACUGAGCCUGAACCGUGCUUCCUCCUUCGCCGCUCUCAGCUACGCAUCAAUCACCAAUAUUGGCCCUUCCGUCUUAACAGGAAAUGUCGGCACACUGGGAACAUCCAUUACCGGAUUUUUCCCACCAGGCGUCUAUACCGGCACUUCUUACAUAUCGACCCAAGCCGACGAUGCCUUUUCCGACGCUGAGACCGUCUUCCUCACAAUCGCCAACUACGUCGGUGUCGAUCUCUCUACUCAAGACCUUGGUGGCAUGACCUUGGGACCAGGAUGUUACACUUUUCAAUCCUCCGCCCAACUUACCGGUAAUUUGCUUCUGGAAAGUGGCGAUGCUGGGAAUGCGAGUUGGUAUUUUCAGAUCGGCUCUUCGUUGACGACUAGUGGUGGGUCGAUAGUUGUCCUGGGCGAGAAUGCGCUGGCUUGUAAUGUGUUCUGGAUGGUGGGCAGUUCGGCUACCUUGGGAGCGGGUACGGGUUUUCAGGGCGCGAUAUUGGCGUAUGAUUCAAUUAUCAUGGGUUCAGGCGCAAUGUCUAGUGGUGGACUGUUUGCUUUGGAUGGAAAUGUGACAUUGGUAGACAACGACGUGCAAGCU